AUGGGACGAAAGGAUUUUAUCGAAGAUGUCAGAAAGCUCAAAGAAUACUUUCGCGGUUUAAACUUAAAAGCAGGCUCUUUAGUGAGGGGAUUCGACUUCCAGGAUCCGGAGUUGAGCUUUCGAUUCACGCCUAAAUCAGGAAGACCGUUUACUGUUAAAUUCUACGUUAACGUUGGAAACGCAAACAUUAACAUUCAAUUCAAUCAUUAUCGAUUAAAUCUAUGCGCAAAUUAUUUGCUUGUUCCAUAUCAAGACAACUCUCUGACAUCGUACCCAGCGAAAUUCAGCGGAUUUUUGUGUGUGGACGACGCAAAUGAUACAGCAAGUGCCGCUGCUGCACGUUUACAGGACGUAAAGAUUCAAGACAACCCCGUUUCCUUGAUUGUUGCCACUCUUGUAAAGGAACUCUGCGAUCUAUUCAAAAUGCAAGUGCCCAAGGAUCUCCAAGUAAAUGCAUUAAAAAGGUUCGCGCAAACACAGCCAACGUUACAACCAACUCCAUCUGUGACGGCAUCGGCGUCGACGGCGACAUCAAAAACGGCCUUUACUCCUGCUACCACCUUGGCGAGAGAUAUCUUGGAGGCUCGACAUUUUAACUAUCAUGCAGAGUUACUUUGCGCAGAUGAAAUUGGAUUCAAGGUAGUCGUUUCGAUUCCAGUCUCUAGACUUGGCCUGAGCUUUGAAGCUUAUGAAGCAUGGAAUCUUAUUCCUACGCGUCAUAUAGUAUGCACGAUACAAUUCUCACCCAACUAUAUUAACUUGCAAGAAACAAUAACCAAUGCACUCAGCAAGAAGGCUUACUUAAUAGGCGAGCGUGGAUUUAUAGACAUCAAGGAGGAACUAAAGAAACAAUUUCCAGCACAGUUCACUAUAGUCACCUCGGAAUGUCCGCGAGGCAUGGCUGCUCAAAUACACAAUAAAGAUGACAUACCUGAAAACGAUCACUUUAUUCUAUCAUGGACACUAACCGAGUUGCUACGUAGCAAAUUCUUCGACAUGUUAUGUGAUCGCGUUUGGUUUGGGCUAGGAUGGGCUGGUGCCGAAUAUGCAGACAUGAAACGCAACAAGCAACAUUUGACUGAUUUUUUGAAUCAAGAAAACUACAACUUUGACGAAUGCAUAGAUGAAUGCCUGCUUCAGGAUCAAGAACAACAUCAACAAUUAUGUCAUCUUGAUGAAGAAGAAGUGGAAGAAGCAACUGCAUCCACCAACCGCAAUUUCCUUCUUCUAGUACUCAGAUAUUUGCGGCAACGUAUUCUAUUAUCGACCAAAUAUUGUUUGACAUGUCAUUACCCUCAUACGGAAUCUAUCUCAUCCAUCAGACCAUUCGUAUGUGGGGCGGCGUUAUGUCAACAUCAAGCACUCGUUGGUCUGGGAAAUCUUUUUGAAGCCGCUCUAGUGAAUAGUCCCGUAGUAGUGGAUCUAUUAAUAUCACUCUGCUAUGUAGCCGUAUCAUCGAAUAACUUGAAUUCCUUUCCGUCCAAGGCAAUCGGAGCUACUAUUUCAACAAAGAGUACAGUUGAAAACUCACUCUACGUCGAGUGGAGCGACACACAGGGUGUAAUCGGUGGUUCUACAGAAAGAGGAUAUGAAGCAUACGGUUGGAGGACAUUUGAUAAUCAAGUGCAAGUGAACGACCUGUUGGAAAUUUACAAUCCGGAAUCUGAUCAACCGUUUGCGCUGAAUAGAUGCAGUUCCACGUCUGCAGUACGAGUUUUGGAGGUGCACCCUCAUUGUCUGGUUCUCGACUUUCAAGUUGUUAUUCCUUCGACACUUGCGCCGAGUAAACCAGUCUAUUUGCCGUUCAGAGUGUGUCGCCGAGAAGAGCUUAACUUUCUCUAUGAUGACGGACGAGCUAAUUACGAGCUAUUAAGAGAGAAACUUAAUUUGCUGCCACCAGUCAAUGAAAUGGUGCAUUUCGCUCAGAAGAAUUCGUUAAAGGCAGAUUUGGACAAGAUCGAUCCUCUAUGCUUUCCUUUACUAUCGUGGAUUAUAUCAUCUAAUAGGACUCACCUUCGCCUGUUAGAAUCUGACGAAGAAAAAGUGCAGUAUAAUGAUCGUAAUAAUGCAUACAGCAAUUGGAAACAGUUUGUUAUGAUUAUGAGCUCGCCUGAAAAAGAGGAGAUAUUUCAGCAGGAAAAACAAAGAUUGAGAGAUGAGAGGCGAGGACAAACGCUUGGUGAACUGUUUGCAUUCCACGGCUCUCCGUUGACUAAUUGGCAUUCCAUUAUUAGAACAUCUCUUAAUUACAAUAAAGUAACACAUGGAAGAGCGUUUGGCGAUGGUGUAUAUCACUCACUCCAAGCAGCGACUUCCGCAUCAUACGCUCACAAUAAUUACUAUGGGAGAAGUGAGAACGGGAGCUGGAAAAAUUCCUUACUUGUCGUCCAAAAAUGUAUGGCACUGUGCGAGAUAGUAAACCGACCAACACAAUUCAUAAGCACAAGUCCUCAUCUCGUAGUCAAAGAUGAAUCAUGGAUAACAACACGCUACUUGUUUGUAGAUUGUCAACGAGAUCCCUAUGAGCAGCAAUUCUCAGAUGAUGAUGAUACCACGUGGACCACGCCUUUGACAUCAUUUUCACACUCGCUUUCUCAAAUGGGACAGAAAAACCGCAAGCUGUCAGAGCGUAUCACUCUUGAUUCCCAUUAUUGCCCCGUGUGGCUGAACAAUCAGGCUCUCCAAAUUCCCAAACGUGACUUUGCUAUAAUUUCAAUCAUUUCGCCGACGAAUAGCAGUUCUAGAAAAAGACAAUUUCAAUAUGAUCAAAGUACACUGCUGACUGCAGCUGGUGUUACGGGACAUGAACCCAGUGGGUUAAUGUUUGAUGGAAUUGAUGGUGAUACCGAUUCAAGUGGUUCUGAGGAAGAAUAUUCAGAUGCUGCCAUAUCCCCAAACACAAAGAAAGGAAAAGGCAAAGCUAAACAAGAGAGUGAUGACGAUGAGGACGACUACGAUGAUGAGAACUACGAUGAUAUGGAUUCCGAUGCCUUUGUAGACACUAUGGAUUACGACGAUGAUGUGUACUUUAGAGACGAACCGCCAGCAAGGUCCGAAAUACCAGUGAUCGAAAUAGAAGACGAUGGAUUUGAUCCAACCUUGCUACCUCUUCCUGAGGAGUCUUCAAUAACCGCUACCCGUCGCAUAUGCCAAGAGUUAAGAGUGAUUAUCAACAAACAGGAUGAUGCAUCAAACGACUGUGGUUUCUACGUAAAUUUAGAGAAGCUUAAAUCAGUUUAUCAAUGGGUUGUCGAAAUGCGCAACUUUGAUCCUUCUAUACCACUUGCUCAAGAUAUGAUACGCCACAAGGUAAAGGCCAUCGAGCUAGAAGUAAGAUUUGCACCUCAAUAUCCAUACUUGCCUCCGUAUGUCCGAGUUAUAAGGCCAAGGCUGCUGAGGUUCAUGGACGGUGGUGGCGGACAUGUAACUGCCGGUGGAUCGAUUUGUAUGGAUCUGCUGACGCUUGGCAAUGGUCGUGAGUGCGGUUGGUCAUCUGCAUACACGAUGGAAGCGGUUUUGUUACAAAUUAAGCUGGCGUUAAGCUCUCUUGAUCCACGACCAGCAAGACUUGAUCGUCGCUGGCAAAAAGAUUACAGUCCAAGCGAAGCAAUUGACGCAUAUGUUCGCGUGGCUAACCAACAUGGAUGGCAGAUUCCUGACCAGUGGCAACGAUUGUUUGGCCAUUAG